AUUACGCCGACGUUCCGCGUCACAUUAGAAGUCGAGUCUGGACGCGAGCUCCCCCAGGUGGUGAAUACACGUCACUGCACCAGACGAGGGCGCUUCACUCUAAAGCCCAAACUUUCAAACGUUAAUAACUAUAAACAAGUCAGACAGUUUUACUGGUUAUGAACACCGCUGCACUAUGUGUACUAACCAUUAAUAUUUAAUGAUAUUUCGCUGUUUAAUCUCUUCUGCCCUCUUGUGGUGCCGUAAAGAGCUGCAGCUUAUUUGUAGAAAGUCGAUGAUACUGAUGAGGAAACAUUAAAAAUGUCAGCAUCACCUCACCAGAUAAAAACGCUAUAGUUUUUUCAGUCAUGUCUGCUUCUGGUCAUUCUGUUUCUCUUUUCUAUGUGUUCUUCCCUCAUCUCUCUCCAUCUGCACUAUUCCCUUUGCCUUUGCCCCUUUUUCUCCUGUUUGUCACCUCCUGCUUCUCUUUGUAUCCCUUUUCCUCUGUAAUGUUCUUAAAUCCUAAUUUAUCCUCCUCCCAUUCUUCAACAUUCAAAGUUAUUUUCCAUCUCAUUUUUUCCUGUCAAGCAUCCUCUGAUAUUUUCAUUGAUCCCUUGUCCUUCAUUUCUUUCCUCCGUCUUCACACGUUCUGUUUUUUUCUCCAUUCUCUUCUCUGUCUUGUUUCCUCCCUUUUGACUUUUGACUUCCUCCACUUAUGCAUCUUUUUCUUUUGUCCUUUCAUUUCCCUCAUAUGUCUCCUCUUUCUGGACUCUUCAUAUCUUCCUUUUUCACCCUGACAUGCCCCAGCUUGCAGAUACAGGAGGAGAGAAAGAGAGAGAGAGAGAGAGAGAGAGAGAGAGAGAGAGAGAGAGAGAGAGAGAGAAACAGAUAAAGAGAGCAGGGAGCAGACUGAAGCUGAGCAGUAAGAAGGUGGAGCAGCAGGAGCGCUUGUGUCUUCUGAGCUUUAGACGAUUUGGUCUCAAAUCAGUGAGAGUUGGUAUUCUGGAGGACAAACUGGGCGUCUCGGAAGAAAGAAGAACCAGAAACAGGAUCUGUCCACUGCUUCGGUUGCCAGGACCAACUUGUCUUACUCCGUCCAAAGCAGCACACAGAGACUGAAGCUGCUCCAGCUCAAAUGGAUGAAUCAGACUGAAAGAGAAAAAGGAGGGAGGCAAAAAGUCAUCUAGUAUCUACUGCAGAACUCUGAUUCCAGGUCUCUGGGAACGCUGGGAUGUGACGAAGUUUGGAAUAAAGAAGACACAAGAAUAAAAGGAAAGGCUUUUAUUGUGGAUUCACUACAAGAGGAUGUUGGUGUGUGUUAAAUCCAAGCAAAUACAAAGGAAAGAAGAAAUAACAGAAAGAGACAUAAAGGUUAAAGGAGAGUAGCAGCUUCUCUUAUUGCUUUAUUAAAAAGGAAGAAUUCCAAGAAAAGGAAAAAAAACAAUAAAAAUAUCAUUCAGACAGGAAAGAAGUCAAAGAAGUCUAAACCAGAUCCAGCAACAAAGGUUUGAAAAGUCAAAUCAAAAGAAAUAAAAAUCAUAAAAAAAAGAAAAACCUAAAAAGAAAAUCUGAAAAAAGAGACGAUAACUAAAUUAAAGCAGAUUCAAAAAAGGAACGUCAGAAGGAACAAAGUGGAAAAGCGAGAACCAGGAGGAAUCACAGCGGCAAAAACCCAAAGGAUUUUAAUCUUGCAUCGAAGCGCCGGCGUGUGAGGAUGCGGCUGCUGGUUCUCCUCGCGGCUCCUCUCUCCGUGCUCCUCCUGCACACGGCGGCCGUGGCCCCCAUGGCCCGGCUGGAGCGCUGGGUCCGCUCCGGCCUCCAGGCGCUGCACUGGGACCAGCUGGAGCGGUGCCUCCGCAGGGGGUCCCAGUCGGAGGCCGAGUGCCGGCGUCUCGCCCACCUGCCGGCGGCGGCCGUGGCCGUGUACGUGUCGGAGCCUCCGGCUGCUGCAGGCGCGGCAGACAAGGUCCUGGCCAUCCUGCCCGACUCGUCCGGGGGGGCGCCGGCCUCCAAGCCGAGGGGGGGCUUCAGCCUCGGCCAGCUCAGCAACGCAGGUGACGGCCCCCACCGGCACCAGCAGCCGCCCCCCGACUCCACGGCCCACGACGCCGUGCUGGUGCUGGACCCCAGUCCGGGGGAGAACUUUGGCCACCCGCUGGUCCUGUUCUACGUGGACGUGAACGUGACCAAGAAGAGGUGCUCCCACCUGGACGGCAUCUACCUGGGUGAGGAGUGUCUGACGCUGGCCCUGAAGGGCCGCUGUCAGAACCAGCUGAAGCGCCGGCAGGCCGCGCCAGAGAGGCUUCUGGGUAACGGGCGCUCGGCGGUGGGGGCGCUGCGCGGAGGCCCGGGGGCCGGCGGAGGCAGCCGCCUGGUGGAGCGCGCCAUCGGAGGACUCUGCGAGGUCAACUUCCUUCCCCUGGUGGUUGGCGUCGCCGACGGCAACGGCACCCAGAGACUGCGAUGCGUGGACCACGCGGAGUUCGCGGCGUGUCCCCGGCCGCUGGCGCUCGGCGCCCCCGCGCCGCCCGUCUCCAGCUGCGAGCUGAACAAGAACACCAGGCGCUGCCACCAGCAGCCGCUGGCCACGCACCUCUCCUGCCGCCUCUACCAGACGUGCGACCACGCCGUGCUGCUCUCAGGGGGCUGGCAGCAGCAGAUCACCUUCCAGCGCCACCUCCAGAACCUGCAGAGGUUUUACCGGAUGCUCCGCAGCAACGGCUUCCACAAGGACCACAUCAAGACCUUCUUUGCCAGCAGCGGACAGCUUCCUGACGACCUGGAGGGCGUGCACUCGGCGACGGAGAAGGCCGUGAUCCGGAACCACGUGUCGUACGUCUGCAGGAAGCAGCACUGCGCCGACACGCUGGUUCUGUACCUGAACUCCCCCACCCGCACCGACGGCACCAUGCUGCUGUGGGACGCCAACCUCAACGGCAUCGCGGACCUGAAGGAGCGCUACUCGGUCAACGAGCUGCUGGCGGACCUGGCCGGCUGCAGGGCCACGCGGGUUCUGCUCUUUGUGGACCAGAGCUACAGCGGCGUUCUGUCCAAGAGGCUGCGCGGCUCCCAGAAGCACCUCAACGUGGUCCUGAUCCAGGGCCAGACGCGGCAGACCCACAGCCACCAGAACCAGAGGUCGAGCCCAGGCUGGGAGGACAGCGGCUGGUCCCUGAUCGGCCCUGGCACCUGCCUGCUGGACCACCUGGGGAAGGGCCCGGGGACGAGCCGCGUACCAGAACCCUGGGCCGGCCUGAUGAACGUGACGCUGGCCGGCGCCCCCUGCAACGUCACGCCGCCGCUGACUGACGGGGAGAUGCGGCGGGAGUACCAGGGCUGCCAGAACCUGCCGACCGCGCUGUGGCACCAGAAGCACCGGAGGAACAACUGAGCGGGCGAGCGACACCGGCUGCCUGGGGGAGAGAGAGAGACACACACACACACAGACACGCAAGCGCUCGCUUUGCACAGCGGCUCGUAGCUUAGGACUUUAGUUUCAGUUUGCUAGGUGGACACCAGUGUGUGCUCUCUGUCCUGUCUCUGAACUCCGACCGUAACCAUGGCGAUGACAGCUGGUCCCAACGGGAGCGUCCUCAGCAGCAUCUGAGCAGCGUGUGUGUUUGUGUUUGUGAGUUCAGCAAGAGGACAUCCUCUCUCUGAGACCAUUGCUAGCUCACACUUGGGUGUGUGUGUGUGUGUGUGUGUGUGUGUGUGUGUGUGUGUGUGUGUGUGUGUGUGUGUGUGUGUGUGUGUGUGUUGGUCACAUCUCCAGGGCACUUUAACAUUUCAGAUCCAAUCAUCUGCUUCUAUUUUUAUCUUCAUAUCAUUCAUGUUUUCCUCCUUCCUCGUCCUCUACUUGACCGUUCUCCUCCACCUUUCUCCAUCACGCCUCCUCCCUCCUUCUGCUUAUUAGUCUUGUAUCAUCUGCUUUUUACUUUUACAAUCUUGCACUUUUCUUCCUUUUGUGCUUUUUGCUCCCACUUUCCCCAGUAUCUUAUUAACUAAUUGUAAAGCAGUAGAAGUGAAUCACGUUCAAACUGUUGAGUGACUACGACUCGUAUGUGUGUUUGCCAAGCGUCUAGUCUUAGUGUUUGCUGUAUUUGAGCCGUGCUGCGGAGGAGGUGAAGCUGCAGACGCAGGGACGGAGACAGAGAGCGGCUGCUCGACGCCAUGAUCAAGGCACGAAGCGCGGACGCCCUCACCGCUGCUCCGAUGGCACGGAGCACGCGUGUGCUCCGUCACAUGACGCACGCCUCCAACAUGUCCUGCUCCGUGCGGGUCCUCCUCACAGUCACCGCAGUCACGCUCCCUCGCUUCCUGCCGCGUGUCGCACCGCGUUCCUUGUUCGUUCAAUUCAAGAGACGAUUCGGACCAGAACCAACAGGUUGACGUGCAUAGUCACCGUUUUGUGUAUGGAUCUGUGAAUACCAGAUGUAAAGUAGCUGAAACGCCUCCGGCUGCAUGCAGCAAGUCACAAAGUGUAGUCAAUAAAGUAGCUUGAGAAAACGGG